AUGGCCAAAGGGUUGAUGACGAUUCCAUCCACCAAAGUGAACUCACUGAGCGAGAAACAACUGCAAGAGAUGUUCUUGAGCGACCUCCAGGAAUUGAAAUUUUUGAGUGUGUUCAAUGACGUGUGGAAUGCAAUUUUGUGGGAUGCAAUUAGGCUCACGUUGCCAAGAAAUGGUCAUGGAAAUCGAGUUGUCAUUACUACCCAUAAUCAUGGGGUGGCUUCUUCGGUUGUUGAUGCCAAAAGCUAUGUUCAUUGGCUUCAUCUUCUGUCCUCCAAGGAGUCAUGGGCAUUGUUUUGCAAGAAGGCUUUCACAGAAGGUGAACCAUGUCCGAAAGAGGUGAAGGAGGUUGCACAAGAAAUUGUUAGGAAAUGCAAAGGUGAACCAUGUCCGAAAGAGGUGAAGGAGGUUGCACAAGAAAUUGUUAGGAAAUAG